UGCUGUUUUCUUAGGGCACAUCCUUUGUUUUUCUGGUUUUGGUCUUUUCGUCAUAGGAUGGCAUUAGCUCUGUGUCUGCAGGUGCUGUGCAGCCUGUGUGGCUGGCUCUCACUCUACGUUUCUUUCUGCCGCCUGAAUAAACACCGAAGCUAUGAGUGGAGCUGCCGACUGGUUACGUUCACCCAUGGAGUCUUCUCUAUAGGCCUCUCGGCUUAUAUUGGCUUCAUUGAUGGCCCUUGGCCUUUUACCCACCCAGGCUCGCCCAAUACACCUCUCCAAGUGUACGUUCUUUGUCUCACCUUGGGCUACUUCAUCUUUGACCUAGGCUGGUGCAUCUACUUCCAGUCUGAGGGUGCCCUGAUGCUGGCUCACCACACACUGAGUAUCAUGGGCAUCAUCAUGGCCCUGGCACUUGGAGAGUCAGGCACAGAGGUCAAUGCAGUCCUCUUUGGAAGUGAGAUUACCAACCCUUUGCUACAGAUGCGCUGGUUUCUCCGUGAAACAGGGCACUACCACAGUUUCACGGGAGACGUGGUGGACUUCUUCUUUGUGGCUCUGUUCACUGGAGUGCGGAUUGGUGUAGGAGCUCGCCUCCUUUUCUGUGAAAUGGUCUCCCCCAAACCCAAGUGGUUUGUGAAGGUUGGGGGAAUAGCUAUGUAUGCUGUGUCUUGGUGUUUCAUGUUUAGCAUCUGGCGCUUUGCAUGGAGAAAAAGCAUCAAGAAGUACCAUGCCUGGAGAAGCAGGCGGAGUGAGGAGCGGCAGCUAAAACAUAAUGACCUUCUCAAGACUCACUAGCCAAGGCUUGCUCCAGACCAUGGAUUGGGUUAAGUCAGCCAUGGGAACCAGGUUGAAAACAUAGCCAUUAUGGAAUAGUGCUUAUAAUGAACUUAGGUUAUAAAAAAGGGCUAAAUUUAUUGAUCAGUUUGGUCAGUCUUCGAGCCAAGCCUAUACUAGUAUUAAAAUACUAACUUCUGCAGUGGUACAGUUAUAUACAGUGAGUGGUAGUUGUAAACUGUAGAAGCAUGACUAUAUACAUUUUAGUUUGUGGUGACCCUGGGUCCUUUUAUCCAUGAGAGACUUGACAUUCAGACAACUUAGAAAGGCAGUUGAGAAAAGUUAGUGCCGUAUUGUCCUUGUUUCUUUGAGAAGUGACUCCUUCAACAAACACUUACUCCUGCUUUCGAUGGAAUAAUUUACAUAAGUUCACCCCAUUUGCUAUAAAACAAGGG